AUGAAUCCCACACCAGGCAAAAACGGAUAUCUCAUGCAGUCACUCGCCCAAUCCAACCGUCGUCUGACCUCCACCGCAAGCAUGAUCAAGGUCGAAUAUCCUACACCUCCACCACGCACCCACUCCUUGGGACCAAUGAACUGCACUCCAGGCCAGGUCGAAGUCAAUUAUCCCAAGCUAUCGCUCCGUGCCCAGUCCAAGCAACCGAUGAGGUCCGCCCUAGGUACGGUCAAGGUCGAAUAUCCCAUACCUCCACCGCGCACUCACUCCUUGCAACAAAUGACCUCCAUCCCAGGCAAGGCUGAUGCUCCCAUACAGCCAACACGAACUCACUCCAAGCAGCUGGCGAUCCCCAUCAAAGGUAAGGUCGCAAGUCCCUCACAACCUCGUAUCUAUUCUGGGUCAGCGAUGACAAUGCCCAUCCCACAGAAGGCCGAAUACUUCCCCUCCAAGAACGACAAGCAUCAGGACCUCAACGCUGCUGUUGAAAAGGCCUCUCAAGAGAAGCUCAUGGCCACCAUCGCUACAUUCUGCACCAAGUGCAAUUGCCGCGACUACAUUGGUUGGUGCAGGGACUGCAAGGCCUGCUUUGAUUGCUGCCCCGAUUUCAUUGAUAUCUGA